CCCGCUUUCCUCUCCUGCACGGACCUGCAGUAUAUGAGAGGGUCUCCAGAGUCUAGCUUUACUGCAGUGUAGAGGAGGGCAGGACGGCUGUUAUAGUACGAUGCGCUGAAAGGAUGGUGCACCAGGAGAAACGCGUUUACCAGGCUCAGAGAAACGACAGGGAGUCAAUCAGGCAGAAACUUGCCCUUGGCAGUUACUAUGACGACGAGCCAGUCAUCUACACCAGCUGCAGCAAGAACAGCCCAUCCUCCCGGCUGCAGAGUGGCGUCAACCUGCAGGUGUGUUUCGUCAAUGACAGCAGCAGUGACAAAGACAGCGACGCCGAGGACAGCAGGACAGAAACCAGUCUCGACACACCGCUGUCACCCGUGAGCAAGCAGAGCUCGUCGCUGUCGGACCGAGACACUGCAGAGGAGGACUCGGACCCGUUGGAUGACUGCGGGGGGUUCUGGAGGGUGCAGCGAAGGCUACAGGAGGAGGCCCGGGUGGCACUGGCUCUGGCUCGACCCAUGGCCCGCAUGCAGGUGGAGGUGGAGAGGCAAAUCCAGCUGCACAGACGUUCGCCAGUGGCUGACCUGCUCCCCCAUCUGCCUCACAUCAGUGAGGGGUUAAUGAAGAGGAAUCUGAGACGCGGGGAUAUGAGAGACAUGAGUCUUGGACAGCUGCAAGUCAUUACAAAUGACUUUCACUCACAGAUUCAGAGUCUAAAUGAAGAGCUGGUGCAGUUGCUGCUGAUGAGGGAUGAGCUCCAUGUGGAGCAGGAUGCCAUGCUGGUGGACAUAGAAGACCUGACCAGGCACGCACAUAGCCAUCAGAGGCACCAUGUGGAAAAAGCUGAGUCUAAAUAAACGUGUCUGUCUGCACGUCGUCGGACCCCACCCACUACAUGGACUGUUAUAGUGUUGCUAUUAAAACUCCAUCUGUGCUAACCAUGUCUGGAGAGCCACUUACAGUACAUAGUAUUAACACACCCAUGAUAUGUUGCACCACAUGACGCUGUCUAAGAAAGCCCAAAACAAGCCUAAAAGGAUGACCAUUACUGAUUUCGGUAUGGAUGGAGAUUAGUUUCUUCUGGCUUUUCCCAUCUACUCAGCGUGAUUAAUCACGCCAGACCUCUGAGAAUUAGGGGAAUCCUCGUAAUUCAAUUAAAUGCGUGAAACUUUAUUUAGUAAUCAGUGAACUUUGCACAAUGAAGUCAUUACUGGAAGUGCUCUGGAAAGCUCCUUUCUCCUUGUAUCAGAGCAAAUCAUGAGCUCUUCAAAUGGAUUUGUCCUAUAAUAACCUGAAAAAAAUGAUGCUUUGUUUACCUCAGUUUAUAAUGAUCAACCUGCUCACUAAUUGAUGUGUCCACAUCACCUGUGGUGUAUCAUUUGUUUCACUGGGAGCACUGUCAUAUCACAAUUUUUCACUGGAAUCCACUGCAGGAAUUUAAUAUGUUUGCGGUUGUCAUAUAGAAAUGAUCAUAUAUAUAUGAUUUAUUUAAAUCAUUACAGCUGCUGCUUUUUUUUGGUAAUGUUUUUAGGUCAAAGAUAAAAAAUGAUAAGAUGGUGGCAUCUUAGAAUAAGCAGCCUCUUCACAGAAAUAUGCAAUGUAAUUGUCUUUUUCUUAUGCUUAAUUUAUUGAUACUGAAGACAAAACUAGAAAUUACAUAUAUCGCUAAAUAAUUGUUGAAGCAUAAUAUAUUUUAACUGUUCAAAAAGUUUUGGGAGAGUCUCUACGUAGCCGGCAAGAUUGUGUACUUAAAGGAAGAAAAACAUGCCUUGAUGUGUUUCUGUGUUUCCACACUCAGCUUUUUACGAAUGUAAUUUCAUGCAAGGUGAAACUUUCUAUUGUCUGCUUAGUUGAUAUCAUACUGUAUUAUGAUUCUAAAAUAAAUCCAGAAAAAAUGUUUUGAGUGUCUGACUCUAAUUUGUUUAUAUUUGGCUUAAGUUGAUCAAAACUAGCAUUGUAAUGAUUCCCAAAAGUUCACAUUAUGAAGAAGAGCCCAUGUUACGUAAUAUAGA